GAACAAACAUGGCAAGGUGAUCAAACCACUGCAGUAUCAGUCCACGGUGGCUCCAGGCACCGUCGCCAGAGUGGAGCCAAACAUCAAGUGGUUUGGAAACACUCGUGUGAUCAAGCAGUCAUCCCUGCAGAAGUUCCAGGAGGAGAUGGAGACUGUGAUGAAGGAUCCUUACCGGGUGGUCAUGAAGCAGAGGAAGUUGCCCAUGUCCCUGUUCUACGACCGCAUCAAACCACACACCUCCAGAGUGCACAUCCUUGACACAGAAACGUUCGAAACAACAUUUGGCCCCAAGUCACAGAGGAAGAAACCAACCCUGUCUGCGAGUGACGUGCAGGCCCUGGUGGAGAAUGCUGAGGCCUCCUCAGAGUCCUACGACCAGGGCAAGGACCGAGACCUGGUGACAGAGGACACUGGUGUCAGGGAUGAAGCACAAGAGGAGAUCUAUAAGAAAGGACAGUCCAGAAGAAUCUGGGGUGAGCUUUAUAAGGUGAUAGACUCCUCAGAUGUUGUUGUUCAAGUUCUGGAUGCCAGGGAUCCCAUGGGCACUCGCUCCCCUCAUGUGGAAUCUUACCUUAAGAAGGAGAAACACUGGAAGCACCUCAUUUUUGUCCUGAACAAAUGUGAUCUCGUCCCUACCUGGGCCACAAAGCGUUGGGUCGCCAUCCUUUCCCAGGAGUAUCCAACACUGGCUUUCCAUGCCAGCCUGACAAACCCUUUUGGCAAAGGUGCCUUCAUACAGCUUCUCAGGCAGUUUGGAAAGCUACACUCUGACAAGAAGCAGAUCAGUGUGGGGUUCAUUGGCUACCCCAACGUUGGCAAGAGCUCGGUGAUCAACACCCUGCGGUCAAAGAAGGUCUGCAGCGUGGCCCCCAUCGCAGGGGAGACGAAGGUGUGGCAGUACAUCACCUUGAUGCGGCGGAUCUUCCUCAUCGACUGCCCGGGGGUGGUGUACCCGUCGGGAGACACAGAGACAGACAUCGUGCUGAAGGGAGUGGUUCAAGUCGAGAAGAUUAAGAGCCCUGAGGAUCAUAUUGGUGCCGUGCUGGAAAGAGCCAAAGCAGAGUACAUCAGGAAGACCUACAAAAUAGAUUCCUGGAAGGAUACAGAAGAGUUCCUUGAGAAACUUGCUGCUAGGACUGGAAAGCUGCUAAAGGGUGGUGAGCCUGACUUGCAGACUGUGAGCAAGAUGGUUCUCAAUGACUGGCAGAGGGGCAGGAUCCCAUUCUUUGUGAAACCCCCAAAUGCAGAACCAGCUCAAACAGGUCCCCAGCCUCCUGUGCUGGAAGCAGCUGUGACACCCAGCCAAGAAGACACCCAGGAGAAGGUGUCCGAGGUGGUGGCACCAGGGGCAGAGCCAGUGGAGGACAGGGAGGACACCGAGGUCAGGCAGCUCAUGGCCCACGUCCGGCAGAACUUCGGCAGGAUCAACGUGGCACCUCAGUUCUCCGAGGAAGACCUGGUGCCUGUGGAUGUGCCAGGCUUUGACGAGACAGACAGUGAGUCCUCUGGAGAGCAGGGGGAGGAGGAGGAGGAGGAAGAGGAGAAGGAGCAACCUCAGGAUCCAGGAGAGGAGGAGUCGCAGGUGGCUGCACCAGGUGCCAGGGAGAGCUCUAAAACUGUUCUUAAGGCUUUGGAGGACAAGAUUGCAAAAUACAAAAAAUUUCUGGAUAAAGCCAAAGCCAAGAGAUUCUCAGCAAUAAGAAUCCCUAAGGCACUGAGUGACAAAAUUUUUGCAAAGUCCGUGCAGAAGGCUGAAGAACACAAAGAAGCUGAAGACAGAGGCAACACAGAGAAGAAAAGAAAGAGGAAAGCAGAAGAGGAAGAUGGUGAUGAAUUGGAUAAACAGCCUUGCAAGAAACUCACAUCCAAAGAGAGGAACCGAGCCGAGAGGCAGCAGCGCUCCAAGAAAGUUGGAGUGCACUAUUAUGAAACUCACAACGUGAAAAAUAAGAACAAGAACAAGAAGAAAACUGGCUUGGAGGAACAAAGAUCAAAGCACAAAAAAUACAAACAUAAGCAAUAG